AUCUGGCAACACAAAUCGAAGCCUUUAUCCUUUUUGGCACCACCGGGCAGCUGUACUCAGACAAUCGCUGGUAGCAAACCAACGGUAACCGAGAGUGCCACUCACGAACAGUUUCCUUUUCGCAAUGGCAUCGUCUGCAAUGAUCACGGUCCCCACCACCGCCUCCCGCUUCGCCCUGCUCCAGAUAGACUCGGAUUCCGACUCCGACACCUCCGAGCCGGGGAAGACCACCACCAAAAGCGGACGGGACUCAUCUGGGAAGCCCCGACAAGGAAAGGCAGGAGGGGUCGGAGGGAAAGCGGGUCAAGGCAACGACAAGAAGAAAGACAAGAAAAAGAAGAAGAAGGAACAGCAGCAGAGUGAGGCAAAUGAGUUACGUAACCUGGCCUUCAAGAAGAUUCCUCAGAAGUCUUGUGCUCCGCCUCCCUGUAUGACAUUGUCAGGAAUAGCCAGUGAACUUCUCAGCCCUGCAUCAGGGGACCACAGCAUACCUUCAGAGGGGUGGCAGCAGUGGAAGCAGAGGGAUGAGCAGAUAACUACUGAACUAUAUGAGGCAGACUUGGAAAAGGCCUUGAUUCUAAGUAAACUGGAGUACGAACAACAGAAACAGCAGAACAACACAAGCACAUCGCCAAAAUCACGAGGAGGAAAAGAGGGCGGAGGGAAGAAGGACAAAAAGAAGAAUCAGCAGACAAAAGACAAAAAGACAGUUUCGCUGCAGGACUUCCAGGCGGAAGGCAGUACAGAACAAACGAAUAAGAAACAGGAGAAAGAGGAUGCCAGAGCAGCUAAUCUGGCACUAGGAAUCGGGCAAGAGGAGCGUUUUUUUAAUAAACUGGAAGAUGACGUCAGUCGGAUCAUCCAGCGGGAGAAAAGACGUGAGCAGUACGCAAACAGCCAGGGACAAGAGGUCAACACGUCCACAGAGCACGAACCAGACCCCCGGGCAGAGCAGCUGAAGUAUGAGCUGGAGAAGAAAGACCAGGAAAUCGAUAAGCUAAAGAAGACAAUCUCACAGUGGGAGGUGAAGUACAAAGAGGUGAAAGCAAGAAAUGCCCAGCUGCUUAAGAUGCUCCAACAAGGAGAGAUGAAAGAUAAAGCAGAAAUCCUUCUACAGGUAGAAGAGCUACUACAUAUAAAAGAAGAACUGUCAUCACAGGUAACAUUACUACACGCUGCCCUUGAACAAGAAAGAUCUAAAGUCAAAGGUCUGCAGGCAGAACAGCCAAAACAUCAGGGAAACAAGAAAGGGAAAAAGGGCUCAGAGGUGGAUCUAUGAAGGUUCCAAAAGGAAAAAUGACAUUACUAGAACAAUUAAAUAAACAAAUGAACAAAUGAAGAAAAACACUACUGAUCAUAAACAGGGUUUUCUUUCCUUAUUUCCUUUUUUUUUCAGCUUGGGCUCCAUGUCUGCAUAUAACGCAUGCCCCCUUGAUUACACACACACACACAGAACACACUCCAGGAUGUAUUACACAACUGAACAAUUACAUGUUUGAAUUAAAGAAGGUUUUGAAAUGAUUGACUAAGUUUAAAGAUUGUGUUGAAACUGUAGCUUGGCACACAGUGUUGCCCUCUGCAGGCAUAAGCGUGCCACUGCAUCUCCAGUACUGUUGGCUGUGCGCCCGAUCUUUUCCUGUGGGUUUUAAUGCCAAAAGUGAUAGAUGUGAAAUUUACGAUUCUGUUUGUUUGUUUUUCUCACUGUUAAGUAAAUAAAAAUACUUUUUCAGUGAACAAA